AUGACUACCUGGUCCGAUCAAAUGCUCCAGGUGCUUCGCAGAAUGAGUAACUUUUAUUCGCCAGGUCAGAGUGAAACUAUUGUGAUAUAUGGGAGGGAAUGACAAGCGGUGGCUAGCUAUGUGUGUUGAAUAGCGAAAGUUAUCAUUCUAGCCUAUACUACAAUACAUCUCUCUAGAAGCCAACAUUUCUGUUUAUAUCACCCAUGCUCCAGUCGCACCACUUGCCAUCGGUUUGAGGUGGGAGGAGAGCAAAUUGUGUGGGUGCCUUGCCAAGUGGCGUCCAUUUUUAGUCAAUUUCCAGAGGUCUUCAAUCCACCACAUGGCGGCGCUAUUACUCUGCGCCAGAAUUGUGACUUCUAUAGGAGAAGGUCAGAGGCUGUAGAUUCUGUUCUUCAGCCACUUAGGAGGGAAGGCUCUCUGACCGUCUUGAAAGGAUGGAGAAAUGAGGUGAGAGGGAAUGUUUACUACAAUAUACUCUUGAGAAUUCAACCAAACUCCGAAAUUUGACAUUUCUACAUUUGUGUCUUUUCUAUAGAAUUAUGAAGUAAUGCCCAGAGUCUGCGACACUCCACUACUGUGUAUGGAGAGAUCUGCGACACUCCACUAAUGUGUAUGGAGAGAUCGGCCACAAGUAAGUCCUGUCCUAAGCAAUAACAAUAGAAAACAAUCCCAGUGUUUCCCUUGCCAUUGCAUGCCCCAUAAACAUUGUCUUUGUAUGCCUUUUUGGAGUGAAACUGUAUGGAGUCCAUAUUAAUGGGUACUGUCAGGAUGAAAAUGGGGAACUCAGGAUGUGGGUGGGAUGA